CGCUGUGGACAUUUUUAUUUCUAUUUCUUCUUUCUUUCUUUCUUUCUUUCUUUUUUCUUUCUUUUUUUCUUUCUUUUUUUCUUGUCGGAGUUAUGAAAAGAAGGAUUACCUGGCAAUUGCGAGUGAGAGAGUUUGACGUCCGUUUGGAGUAAAACGGACGUUUGGACAAUGCCAUUGUAAAUAGAGUAAUCGUCAAAUGUACAAGCACUACACAUCUAUACCACCAUCUUCAAAAAACCAUCACCAUCGCCACACCACCACCACCACUAACAACAACAACAACAACAACAACAACACUACGACCAACACCAACGUUACCAUCACUUUUAUCAUCAUCAUCAUCAUCAUCAUCAGCAGCAGCAGCAGCAACAGCAGCAGCAGUAGCAGCAACAGUGACAAAACUACAUGGACAGCAUUAAAUGCACUCACAGUUCACCCCUGCUUCAAGAAAUAUCAAAUAUUUUUUUUUUUUUAAAUGUGAAAAUUAUCACUUAGCAACAUAUCAACAGAAACAACAUCGGAUUCUACAACACCUGCUCGGCAUCACUAUCAUCAUCAUCAUCAUCAUCAUCAUCAUCAUCAUCAUCCUCCUCCUCAUCAUCAUCAACAACAACAACAACAAUAAUAAUAACAACAAUAUCAACUGCAACGGAAGUAGAUGCCACCACAGCUAUAACAGUACCAAUCACAAGAAUAAUAUCAACCUCCAACAACAGUCAUUAUCACCGUGUGUAAAAACAUAUUUAUCAGCAAGAACAUAUUUUCCACCAACAUCAACGACAAACUCACCGGUAUCAGAGUGAGAGACUAAAACAACGGCAAUAUCAAACAGCAGUGACCGAAAUGAAAUUGCUACAGACCAACGACAGAGUUUCUACACGGUCACUCGACCGACCUUCUAGAAAUAGCAGCGAAAUCUCCAUCAAGUGACUCCUGACCGUCUGGAAAAAAGAAAGUGGACGUAGUUUUAUAUGCAUACCAUCUUAAAGGGGGCGAAAAGGGACAGGAUGAUGCUGGUUAGAAUACUCUUGAUCUAAAGCCUGUUCGGUUGAAAUAACUUUUGGCUGCUAUCAAAUAACAAGAUCAACUUCAUCAUCGGCAUCGUCAUCAUCAUCAUCAUCAGCAAAAACAACUUCAACAUUAUCUGCAACAGUAAUCAUACCAGUCAGAAGACGCGCGAAACAAUGGGGAAAACUAUUGGUUUCACUCCUUAUGUUCAAUGAAUACUAAAUUACAUGUGUGUAGCAAGUUUAUUUUAUUCUUUUUUACGUUUGUUUUGUGCACCUGUGUUUCGUUUACGAGGAUUUUCUGAGGAUUUAUAAUGAACUUAAUGCCAAACCGAUUCCAAUUUUUGUCUGAUUCUGCCAAGGUUUUUGCACCUCGGAAUUACUAGCUGACUCGUGAAAUACACACACAGACGAAAACCAUGAGCGACGAAAUAGGCCCUACACUUUGCCCGGUUAGUGAAGAACCAGGAGAGGAUGACACCAAAAUUUGUCCGAUUAAGGAAGAAAUUGACAAAGAUGGCCGUAAAGACAAAAUGUAUGGCAUAAUUAUCCAAGCCAUCGUCAUCUAUCUUCAGGAGACGUAUGGAGAAGAGACAUGGGAAGCGAUUCGUCAACGGGCAGGCAUUGAAGAACACAGCUUCAGCUUACAUGAGAGAUAUAAGGAAGAUACUAUCGUUCGAAUUUGUGAUGCUGCCAGUAAACUAAUCGGUGUCGAUCGGAGUACCAUUAUGAACUCAUUCGGUGAUUCUUUCGUUGCCUACGUGAGCAAAUACAACUAUGACCGCAUCUUAAAAGUACUGGGGCGAAACCUCCGAGAUUUUCUCAACGGGCUUGAUAACCUUCACGAAUAUCUGCGCUUCUCCUACCAAAAUAUAGUACCGCCCUCUUUCUUCUGCGAAAAUGAGCAUAGAAUGGGUCUGCACCUUCACUACCGUAGCUCGCGGAGAGGUUUUGUGCAUUAUGUAAUCGGACAAAUUAAAGCCGUCGGUAAAACCUUCUACAACACUGACAUUGAUAUUAGGAUCAUAAAACAUGAUGAAUCAGCUGACUCGUCGCAUGUCAUAUUUGAUCUGAGGUUUGAAAACGAGGGAUUUAAUACUCAAGUUGACAAUAAGGUGGAUGACAAAGACCAAUUCAAAGUUCCAGCUUAUUUUUUUCGCAAUCUUUUUCCAUUCCAUAUUCAAUUCAAAAAGAAUAUGGAUAUUGUAAGCGCUGGCUCGGGACUUCGAGCAAUUAUACCAAAUAUAAUGAACAAAAACCUUCUGGAUGUUUUUGUUCUUCGGAAACCGGUUUUCCAGUUUAAUUGGAAAAAUGAGUCUUUCUCACAGAAGAUCCUGAUGUACACCAACAAUGUGUUUGAACUUGAGUCAAAUGAGAAUAUAACACGACAUCGUAACUGUGUAAAGGGACUGGCAGCUGGUAUGUUAUUUACCCAUUUCUGUAGUUGCGCCAAACAGUUGGCUAGAGUCCGCUCUCAGCAGAGUAUAUUUAUGUACAUAACGGCUAGUACAUACACGGGUGAGAUGAAAAAUUAA